AUGGAUCCUCCUCCGUUCAAAGCGCAGCAGGGGCCCUACAGACGUGCGCAGCAGCAGCAGCAACUGUCUCCGCCCGUCACGGAGCUGUCACCCACGCAGUCGCAGAGUGUCCGUAGCUGUGAUUCAGGAUACGAAGACGAGGAGACGAAGAAGGAGCAAGAGGACGAGCAAGAGAAAGAGACGGAUGAAGACAUGAACGCCGCGUCGACGGUUCUGGCCAUGGGCUACGCGUCAACCCGCGACACUUUUGACGCGUCUGCGUCCCCUUUAAAAUCACGCAGAGAUUCGAUGACGGACGUGGACGCGUCUCUCGAGUCGCUUCGGCUUGUGGCUCAGGAACGAGCGCUGGACACGACGGCGCUGCGUCACUGGCGCGCUCUGGACGACGGCCGGAUCGUGGACGCAGACGAGUGCACGUACAGCAACUUGAGGGACGCGCUGCGAGCGUACGCGUACUCGGUAGAGGGCGCGAUCCUCCGAGAAGACGUGUACUACCUCGCCAUCUUGAGACGGAAAGUAGCGGCGCUGGAACUGCCGCUAGUAGACGGACCUAUUCGGGUCACAGCGCUUGGAACGGUGAUCCCUGCGAAACACUUUUAUACGAGCAAGAAGCUGUUUCCAAUUGGAUACGAGACGCUCGUGAAUGUGCAAAUUACAAGACCCGUGACAGUGGCGUUCCGAUUGCGGUGCAAAAUCGUGCAUGGCAGCAAGAAAAACUCUCCGAUAUUUAUGGUUGAGCUUGAGAACAGCGCAGUCGAUAUCGUAUUUAGGUCUUACGUAGCAAGUAAAGCUUGGAAGAAGGCCCUGGUUCAUUUUGAAGGACUACCUGUGAACGACUUGAUGGCCGUGGUUGGCGAGUCUAUGCUUGCCGUGGAACAUGAUGAUAGCGGUACAGCCAUGGACGUAUUAACGCCUACUAGCAGUGAAGAUGGAUUCGGUCUGCUACGACGAAAUAUUACACGCGUGCUGGAAGGACUACACAAAGUACUAUUAUGCAAAGAGUAUCAAUUCUGGGAGCACCGGCAUCCAAUUACGCCCGACGUUCAUGCUAGAAUACGGUCGCGUCUGAAGAGUCAACUAAAGGAUAUGCUGAAAGUUCAUAGCUCCUUUUAUAAGGAUAAAAUAAGCCGUCAGUUAUCACAACAAGCUUUGUUGGAAGAGCACUCUCAUGAUCCUGGCAAAUUACAGCGUCAGAAGAAAAAAAAAGAGGAAGCUCGACGUGAAGCCGACAAGCGUAGUGUCCGAGAAGCAGCGCGAAAACUCUUAGAGAUCGAAAUCAAGGCUCAAGAAGAUGUUAAAGAAGCUCAACGGCGCGCAAAGGAAGCGCGUAAAAGUGCAAUUCUUGAGUGCAAGAUGGAAGCCGCUCGUCAAAAAGAAGCACGGAAAGAGGCAUCACGUCUGGCGAGGGAAGAAGAGAAGCGCAUGAAAGAAGAAGAAAAAGAGAGUAAACGUGCGCUGCGGGAAGAAGAAAAGCGCAAGAGGUUAGAGGAAAAGGAAAAUGUAAUGAAGCGACGGACAGAAGAGCUGCGCCAGCGUCGCCAAAUGCGCGAAGAGCAGAAAGCAAUCCUCGAGAAUGGCGUCGUGACGUCACCGCUUUCAUUGCGUCGAUUCGGCGACUCAGGGGUGAGGAAAGUUGCAUCUGAUCCCCUAUCCGUUAGGCAGCAGCAGCUGGUGCUAUUGAAAUUCGUGGAAGAGGAAAGAGAGCGACGCCGGCAAAUUUGUUUAUGGGAGAAGAGAAGCGAGGUGGAGAGCGAGGUUUGGGCUCGUGUGAAAGCCCGUUAUACUUCAGAUUUAGUCCGUCAUUCCUCCUCGACUUAUCCCUAUCUCUGCACGCCCAACGUUUCAGAUAACCAAGGCGUUAAAUUUCCAACCCAGGCGAUUUCUCGAGCAGUGGAAUUGGAUCCGAUUCCAGCAGACUCUCACACUGACCUACUGUUCGUGUGGGAUUUCAUUUCAACAUUCUCCGACUGUUUGAAACUUACGGCACUUCCCUCAUUACGCGUCUUCGUGGAUAUGAUGAUGCUGAGCGACGGGUCCAGUCCUGUUGGGGACGGGGAACUAGACGAUGAUUCAAUCGGUACACUUUUUGCUUCUUUGCAUGCAGAGUUGCUAAAAGUGUUGAUCAGGGAAUACUUCCCAUUGCUUCAGAUGGGGAUUACAAUUGAUGAAUUCUACCGCACACGACCUUUGAACGCGUUCAGUUGGCCAGAACUCGCACGCGAGGUGUGCCAGUUUGCGAUUGAAUUCAAGCAGCCCAGCGCAGACGAACAACUGCUUAAAUCGAUAAAGGGCUCCAAAUCGUAUCGGGAUGACUCAGUUACGCACCCGCUUCGACAGAAACUAGCUCGUCGAGGUACCCACUUAUCGGAAGGGAUGCCGUACCAGGAAGAGAAAGAGAGAACAAAGGCUGAGGCACAAGGCUUGCAUGAGAGAGGCUUGAUUACACUACCCUUGGAAGCAAGCAAUGCAUCUAAUAAAUCGAGUGAUUAUUACGGAGUCACCCUCGUCGAUGGUGUAUCGAGUAGACUGAAUGUCAGCGAGAAAGAUGGACACCUUGUUGUAACGGGAACGCUGGCCACGAAAUUUACUGCUUCAGACAUUGCGGACUCGUCUCAAGGUACCGCUAAUGAGCAAAAGAAUGAUGACGCCGAAAGGAUCCAUGUUGGAAGUUAUGUCAUGUUUAUUAACGGGCACGACGUACGCCAAGCAUCUCUGGAAAACUUCAAUGGUCUUUUGAGUAAACUUGAGACUCCCCAUGGUUUGUUGCUGUCCUCAAUUGUUCCUGUCGUAAAGAAUCCAGUAAAGCAUGUUGCGACAACGCAUGGAGCGACGAAGAUGAGGUGUUGUGCAUUUGUGCUGAAGCUUCUUCGAGCGAAAGGAAUUGCAGGGCCCUUUAAUCAGCCAGUGGAUGCCGAGCUCUAUCCUGAUUACUACUCUAGUGGGUAUAUUACGGAGCCCAUGGACCUGGGUACAAUUCUGGAAAAAAUCGAAGAUGAAGACUACGAGAACGAUGAUGUGGAGUCUUUUGUGGAUGAUGUGCAGCUCGUGUGGAAAAACUGUUUUGCGUACAACUCACGAAAAGCGGAAAUCUCGAACUUGGCCCGAAAGCUGUCGACGAUUUUUGAACGGUUGAUGAAAGAUUGGGUCUAUACCACCCUGGACCGACCACUGAUUGCUGCGGAUGAAGACAAUUGUCGCAAUUGCCGAACGGUUCAUGCGAAGGAACGGUUGCUGGUAUGCGAUCGAUGUGACGCGCCGUAUCAUACGUUCUGCCUCAAUCCGUCAUUACCUGUGAUCCCUAGAGGUGAGUGGUUUUGCUCUCCUUGCCUUGCGGAUUCCUCCUUUUCAUCCGGUCAGUUUCAGAAAAUGGUCCAAGAGGUGACAAACUCAGGAGACGGCGCCGACAGCAAACGAAAUGGAGCUAGCCUGACGGAGCUAGAAAAACGGCUUUUGUCAGCAAUUCGUCUUCUGUCACUUGAAAACUACUCUCAAUUGACUGUUGCCGAUCGACUGGAAGUGCUACGAACGCUUUGCGAGUUGAUGGAGGAGUCGUCCGCAGUUCAAUCAGUUUAUCACUCACUUGAAGAAAAGGCAAAUGAUGUGCGAAAAAAGGUGGGCGAGCCACUGGCUGACCUGGAGCGCGAAUGGGAUUUUUUCGCUCCACCACGCCCUCCACACGGCAUAGAGCAGACGAACAAGUUUAUUAUUGAUGGUGUAGAGCACGAACUAACUGACGAGCUUUUGACCUAUUUGGAAGAAAAAGCCAAUGCAGAGCUGGAGUUGAAACCUGUUCUUGUGCUGCCUACAAGCGCUCGGAUGAAGCUCUUUGACAAGUCAAAGAGGGUGAAGGAGGAACCAGUGGCUUUUACAAUUGACGCAGAUGAUGAUGAUGACAUGUCCGACGAUUCUGACGCGGAAGAAGAGAUGUUUCUUGAGGAAUUUAGCGAUCGACUUCUUCAAGCGUCGACAACGCUGAGCGAAACCAAUACUCUUAAAGGCAUACCAAGUGUACUUUCACCGCGUCCGCUGUGUGCUUUCUGUGGUCUAGAAGAUGGGAUUCUGAAUGGCCCAUUGGUCCCUUGCAAGCAAUCUCCAUUGACAGCCCGCACGACGCUGCUGGAAGAAUACGAACUUCCGAAGUUGCUGGCAGAAUUGUUGACGGUUCGGACGCUCGCGAUGAGUGAUCGUGCAAAUUUGCAUCUCGAAGACACGGCAGAUGGCGUGCAAUAUUUUGAAGGCUCUAGUACCGUACCAAGCCUUUCGCUGGAUUUCGAGUAUUCAGAUAGCCAGGAGAUCGAACCCGAAGGUGUUAAGAGAAUUGUUUACGCGAUCAAUGACCGCGUUGUGUAUGGAGUGAGUUCCGAUACUAUCCGAGAUCACCUGGGUACGGCCACCGAACCAGUUUUGUUGUACUUAACGUCGCUGCCUGGAGAGGCUGUUCGCUCCUCGGUGUCAAUUGUAAAAUGUCAUGGUCUGCCAUUGGAGUUGACUUUGGUUGCUCAUGAGUCUUACAUUUUCGUUCAGUCUCACUGUUCAUCAGUAGACGUAUCCGCAGGAUUCGGGGAGCUCUGCGGGCACGUAUUUCCGGGCGAUGUGCUUUUGAUGGUGAAUGAUGUUCCUGUACGCCAUAUGAAUGUGGCUGAUGUCGAAGCUUUGCUUGAUGUGGAAUGCUCCAGGGACACGACUUGUGUCGUCUUUGCCCGUCCACCGUCCGCGAAGAUGGGAAAGGCUGAAGAAGAAUGGCAGCGUACUGUAUACGAUGUGUCUUCACAACGCUCGAAGUUAACCGCGCUUCGGUCCGAAUUACUCGCGCCCCAAAUGAGUGGACAAACCUCUUACGACGUGGUAUUUCAAAAUGGGCCACUUGGCUUGGCCUUAGCACUUGAAAUUCGGGGCGUGGUAGUGAAAUCACUGAAUGAUCACCCUGAUGGCACACUGGGUCAAGCAUCUCAGAGCGGGCGUAUAUUACGCGGGGACUUCGUGGAGCGCGUUAAUGAUGAAUCUUAUGGUCAGUUGAGUGAUUUGUCCCAAUUUACAUCAUGGUUGUUGAGCUUACCGAGACCGCUGAAAAUGACCUUUUCUCGUCAACCGCCCGGAGAAGGCACUCGAGCUGUGACUCUCGAAGAUGCAACAAAGCGUCUGACUGAAAUUGUAGGCAACCCGUCUCUGCUAUGCAAGCAGCUGAAACUCCCUACAUCUACCAAUGUGAAGACUUAUCGCGUAGAUUCCUUACCGCUACCAUUCGAAGCCGCGAAUUUUCUGGAUUCCCUUGGCGUCAUUGCAGUGAAGGGUCUUGUGUACUGUGAACAAUAUGCCAACUGGAACGAGAUGGACAAAGAUGCAGCAGUGCUGACUGUUGGAUUUGGCGACCGUAUUGUAGGGCUUAACGGAAAACCUGUCGCUGGUUUGAGCUGGACAACAUUCAAGGCCUUGUGUGUGGAUCUGUCAUCGGUUUGUCCUGUGUAUAUUCACUUCACCGACGUCGUCAGAGCUGUGACUUUGUUACAAGCCCAUAAAAGCUGCGUUGAAAGUGCCAACGUUGCGUGGUCAGAAUGUAGCUCCUUGCUUCCUCAAAUUGAGAAAACUCGGGCAGUGGAGAGCUUGAUCAAGCGGUUUGUCAUUCCAAGAACUUUCACGUUUGGUAAGUGCCGGUUCGGGUACUCCUAUUAUCGCUUUAAAAGCGAUCGGCGGCGUUUAUUCGUAUUGUCCCCGGAGAGGAAGUGGGCAGUGUGCGCUACGCGAACACAGCUCGUGCAACUUCUCUCAUAUCUGGAUGAAGAUUCGAAAGACUCCACAAUUGCAAAUCAAAUCCGGUGGUGCUAUCAUUGGAAUCUUCACAGCGACAGACUGCAGCAGGGCUCCUCGUGUUGCGAGUACUUCAGUGAAGGCUUUUUCCGUGAUGGACCUUUUUCCAUCGAAAAGGAGGUGCUUCUGGUCGUAGACGACGAUACGGAAAAGUAUGAAUCCUUUGUGGGUUACUGUGGCCGUAAACAUUUUUUGGGGUCGUUCCGCACACAGCUGGACGCAGAAAGCACAAUCCAGCGCGCUGAGACAUCGAUCCGCUCUACUGGGAUUCAUAUCUUGGUAGCUAAUGAUACAUCUACGUUACGAAAUGCGAAUUUCCCUUCAUCCUUGACUGCUCCGACCCCGAAGGCAGAACUUGUGGUGAAGCGUGUCUUCGUGCGUAAGUACGAGUACGGAAGUGUGGUGGGUGCGGUUGGAGGAAUGAAGCCUGUUCCGAUCUCACGGGGUGUGUAUCAAGCUAUUCAGCGCGGUCUUCGAUCAGACAAAGCUAUGUUGAACAACAGUCUCGAUAUCGCAGGGUCCGCGUCCCAUCAGACUGGGAUGCCAAGGAUACAAGGAGAGUUACAGUCGUUUGCAUAUGCUGCCGCGCAAGUGCGCUACCAAGAAAUAUUGAAGCGGAAGCACGCUCAAAUAGAAGAAUCGCGCGCACAUCAAGUUGAUGAUCAAUCAAAGCGGUCCCGAUGUGCGGCGCCAAAUGGUUCUACUGAAAUGCAGCAAUACGCGCUCGGCGCGGUUAACAAUGCUCUUUCCUUCAAGCGAUCACUGCAGUCUCUGGUGGAUCAAGGUCGGUCAAUGUUGGCAGCUUGGAAUCAGUUUGCUGCAUCUGCUACUAUGCAGACGACAAACGGGCUCGCAUACGCUUGUUUGUCCAGUUUCGAAGAGGUGAAGAAGGUAAUGUCGCGCAUCAUUGUAGAUCCUCGUGCAACUCAUCCGGAUCGCAAAACGUUUGUGUGUCUCCAUCACGCGUAUGUGAUGGGAUUAGUUUGUGCUACGGCGACACAGGCCUUAACAACAAGCAAAAAAACUCAUUCUGAUUCAGCUCUGGUGAAACAAGUGGCCGAUGCCUUUGCAACAGCAAUUCUCAGCUGCGUGGAUCCAUCGAACAUGCUGCGCACACGCGCACUUGGCGGUUUUGCCACUGCAGCAAAGAAGUGUGAGCUGUCCGAGCGCGCCGGUGAUUUGUCGGUUGAGCUGCACAAUGUCGCGAACUUCGUGCUGAUGUUUUUGCGGUUGACAAAGUACUUGUCAGGCGCAAGCUAUGACGAUCUAAGCAACUGUCGGCCGUUGUUUACCUCUGCGACGCCAGGAGUAGAGUCCAUGCCUCCAUCUUUCGUGCAGCAAAUCAAUGUUCUGGAGAGCAUCCGCCAGACGUUCUAUCGUAAAAUGAAAAUGGUUUCCAGCACAACUGGUCCAGGCCAGAAUCUAAUGAAAGUGUCAUCCGUAUCAGGUUCAAUUGCAAAAACGAUCCCGGCUAAAAAGACGCAGAUUUUAAAUCAGGCCAGCAACAACAGCAUGCUUGUAAACGUGGAGUUUGGGAGCGGUCCUUUGGGCGUGGUGAUUAAUUAUUCGAGCCGUGGGGCUAUUGUCGUGACGGAAUUUUCGAGUGACAGCAAUAAAAUGAUGGGGCAAGCUCAAGCGAGCGGCAAGGUGCAGGCGGGCGACGAGGUCUAUGCGGUGAACGGUAAUAAGUUAGAUGUGAUCGGUAUGGAAGGCUUCAAAGCUGCGGUUGCCACCAGCAAACGGCCGCUGCAAGUGACAUUUCGGCGGAUGUUGCCAGCUACUCUUGGCAGGAUGGUACAUAAACACAAUUCAAGUUCCAGCUUUGGCUACUGUUCAACUAAUGUAACCGGUCAAGGCACAUCGGCACCCCCUCAUCAAGUUUCCUCUAAUGAGCAUCUACAGCAGUCGAACGCUCGUAAUCAGCAGGUGCCGGCAAGGAGCAUCAACAGCAAUGAAUUUUAUGCUAGUACGCAACCACGGUGCGGGUCAAUGGCUUCGGGUGUCGGCUCCGUGGAUUCCAGCGAAAACUACCAAACCACGACUACUGGACAGUUUCCUGGCAUGAGCGACUCUAUUAAUUCGUACUCUUUUGCGUCAGAUUCUUCAAGUCAAUCCAUGGGGGAUCCAUCCUCGCAGUACAAUAAUAUGCCAGUGGCCGAUGCUACGUCAGGUUUGGUCGGCAAUAUACCCGUGCAAUCCUUUCCAGCUGCAUCCAUGGGCGUUUCAAGCUACGAAACAUUGCCGGACAUAUACAGCGUCGGGACUACCAAUACUUCUAGUGUCCAAGACGUGGAAGUACGCUGGCAAAGUGCAUCUAACCCGACUGUUCCUCAGCUAUACCCACCGGAAUCAGCGCCUAACGCUAUGGGUAUGGAUGACGACGGCAAUAUACAUUUGCCAAUCGAUUCCAUGUCUUUACCGCCCAACGCCUCGUCUACAAUGGGCUAUCCACCAGCUGCGCGAUUACCAUCUGGACCUUCCAACUCAUACCAAAGCAACAAUUCCACAGGUGAAUUUGUGAGUUUUGUUGCAGGGAAUGACUCGCAGUUGCUACCUAAUGGAAGUGACGAAUCACAAGUGAAUUACUAUGACACAAACGAGAUGAUUUACCGUGGAGGGUCCAACUUCGAGAUGGAUACAAGUGCAAAUAGGCUGAGUGGGACCACGAUCAGGGCAACUGACGAUAGAACAGUUGCAGAUGUCGAUACGGAACCAGGGUCUCCGUCGCUCUCGCAAAUGACGACGCCAGCACAGUCGGAUGUGGAGGGGGAACGAAGUGAUACUGAUAGGCAGCACGACCGGGAAGCGCAGUUGGCGGGGUUGCAGGCAGCAUCGAGUGCAUUACGAAACGCUCCUGUGGAAGUUGAUUCGAGCUCUGGGCCAGCUUCUACGUCUGGCACGCCCGCAGCUGAGGUGAGCCGCGCGACAGAAGGUGUCAUGACGAUGGCACCCGCCGUCCCGUUGCUCCAGUCAGAGCGAGCAGUCCAUCAGGAGGAGCCUCCUCCCCUGGUUACAACAGGAUCGUCUCCUGUCCAAACAGGGGUAAAAGAAUUUAGUGUAACGGAAGGGGGCGGCGCUUCUAGGAGAUCUUCUCGAGUAUCUCGCAAACUUACCAACAUCGCCGAUAUGUACGACCCCGAAUUCGUAAAAGCCAAUAACCGAGGAGGUCCAGCGAGCGGAGGCGAUGCUGGGAUAGAGGAAGCAACUGAUGGAGAGAUCGGAGAGCUAGCAACCGAGUUGCUAGAAGAUUUCUGUGCAACAAUACGUCCACUGACAAAAGAUCUUCCCCGCUCGCUUCUGCUGCUUCGGGCCCAAUUGCUCACCAUGGAAUCAGCGAUCCCACGGGACGCUUUCCGCUUAGGUCGCUGGGGACGCCCAGUCCGCGCUGCAUGGGCGGAGAUGGUGUAUGCGUGUGACAAAUCAGCCACACUGAUGGAGGCUGUGGUUUUCUUGGAAGCUAACAUUGAUCCAGAAUGGCUCGAUUCGUGCUGGAAGACGUCCCCUCUCCCAUCAGCAAAAAAUGCAAUCACCACAGCAACGAUCGCAUCCGCUGCCAUGCGCCUGUAUUCGUUGGACGAUGCAAUAUCGUACGGACGCGUUAAACGCGGAGGCAAGCGUAAGCAUCGGAAUCCGACGAGUGCAAAUUCCAACCGACCGGGCGAAUCCCAGAAGACAGUAAUACUUAGUCAGAAAGCCAAAGCUACAGGGCCUGUAUUGGACCUGUCAAAGUUGCCAUUUAUCAGCAGUCUGACACCUGGCGUUGUUCAUUUGGCGAACAACAUGAUUCACAAUAUUCUGGAAGCACAGCAGGAAAAAUCGUUGACAACAUACGCAUAUCGAAAGGCCAGAAACGAGGUUGCAGCAAUAACGUCACUUGAAAUCGACCAAGUUGAGCAAUGGAUCACAGCAAGCUCAGCUGGUCACACCCAAACAACGCCAGCACUUGGGCAGUCCCAAAGUGGAAUCGCGCGUCAGUCUUUGCCAAAGAGGAAACAUCCGGGGGUCCAACCAACAAAGGCAUCGGGUCAGGGAUCUGUUCCAUACCGGAAACGGCGAGCACAGGGCUUAGCAAACGUUGCAACUCCUGUAGCAGUACCGUUAGAGACACACUGUGUUGAGCUUCGCUGUUUCCAGAUGAAGACUCUACGGCACUGUUUCCCUGUGGGAAGCGCACAGGAUGAAACGCUGCGGUCACGCUUGGAGCACAUCAUCAGUGUGGUACUGAGAAACGAGUUGGCACUAGCAUUUUCAGCACCAGUGAGUUUGAAUGAAGUGCCUGGGUAUGCGGACUUGAUUAAGCACCCGAUGGAUUUGGGAACCAUCAGGACACGGCUAAGCCGUGGCUUUUAUGACCAGCGUUUCGAGAUGCUUGUGCAGGAUGUAAACCUCGUUUGGGAGAAUUGCUUCAUGUUCAAUCGACUGGACGCUGACAUCUCCAGGUGUGCGAAUCGACUACGAUCAAUCUUCGAUCGACUAUUCGAGCAGUGGGUCACAAAUGUGCCACCGAACACCCCAGUGGCACACCUUGCCUCAGAGGAGUUGUGUAGGCAGUGCGGCCAGAUGAGUGCGCAGGAGAGCAUGCUGUUGUGCGAUAGUUGUGAUGCUGCAUAUCACGCCUUCUGCCUGGACCCCCCACUUUCAGUCGUUCCACCAGGCGACUGGUACUGUCCACGUUGUCCAGCUAAAAAGUUUGCGACGUAG